AGAGAAUGCGGGCACUUCGAUUGGCGUGGCGGCCACCACCACCAGCAGCAGCAUCGUUGGCGGCGUCUUCGUUGUGUCAGGCACGUCGACGGUGGUCCCUCGCUGCGCUCUUGCAGCGCCGAACUCGUGCGGACCUCCUCUUAGAAUCUGUGCGCCAGGCAGCCGCCUUUUCCGCUGACUGGGAUGUUGACUUCAGCGCCAUCACUGAACGCGGUGCCGCCGCCGGCUGCUAUUCGCUUGAGAGUCAAUCGCAGCUGAUCGGCCGCGUUGGGGCUGCGCUUGCGCACGUGCUGACAUCGCCUCAGCAGCAAGCGUCCGCUCCCUGCUCGUCUUCUGCGGUCGCUGCUCCUGGACCUUAUGUGCGGACGCUGCGGCUGACCCUUCCCACACCCGAGGCCGCUCUUACCCUUGCGCAGCUCGCCCAAACCACGCCCCUUUUGUCUGCGGUGACCUCGGUGGAGUUGACGGUGGAGAGUGGCGCCAUCAGCGUCGCCCAAGACAGCAUGGAGGGCACGGGUGGGCAAGAGGUGACGGAGCUGCUGCAUGUUUUGGCUCGGCGGAGUGCCCAGCAGCCUUCGUGGGUGGACUUAUCUUUGUUUUAUCGGGAAGCGGCUUCAUCAAACCCUCUUCACAGCAGCAGCAGCAGCAGCAGCAGCAGCAGCGGUGACGAUGAUAUGCGGAGCACCGGCAGUUCGCUUGUUGCGCCUUGCGCAUGUCACCGAAGUUUGUGGGACGAUGCCGCAGUGACCGCCCUCGCGGCGCUCGUUGACUCCAAGCCGUGGCAGAAGAUCGCCUUGACACAUGUGGUCCUGACAGGGUGCACGCCUCGCACUCGGCUAACGCUGUGGGCCGCCUAUGAAAAAAGCUGUACGUCGCUGGUGGAGCUGCACCUGAACGGCACACAGCCAGCGCGAGAGCUGAUCAGCACGGGGCUGCUGCGUCGCUUCUCAAAGCUGACCUCUGUGGAUGUCGGUCGAACGCAGUUAGAGGAGGACGCGGUGGUGAAGCUGCUGAGAGAUCUGCACGAAGGCGGCAACGGCUGGUGGCACCUGCGCCUCCUCGGCUUGGCACAAUGUGAGUUCACCGACGCAGCCGUCGAUGUGAUGGCGGAACAGCUGCGUGAAGGACAGGCACAGCAGCAGCAGCAGCAGCGGCAACGGCAGGCACCCACUAUCCUCAAAGCGGUCGGCGAAGCUGGCCCAGCAGGUUCGCCAGAGGAUACGGAGGGCGAUGUCGCGCUCACUUCGUUUGACAUCUCUGGCGCCCGGCUCUCCCGGACAGCCGUUUUCACCCUGGCGGGCUGCCUCGUGCCGUGCACCGCCUUAAUACAUCUUAACACGCGCCAUUGUCGUUUGCAGGCCGACGGUGUCGAGCACCUCGCUGCGGCGCUUCAGCACGCGACGGGGCUGCGCACGUGGGUGCUGUGCCUCAACCGCCUCGCUGAUGAGGGGAUGGCGGCGCUGGCGAAGUACGGGAAGUACUGGCCGAACCUGCGCGGACUCGACUUAACGCGCUGUCGGUUGACGUGUGUGGGGGUGAACGCGCUGAGCACGGCGGUGCCUGCGUGGGACAGCCUUGAAGUGCUUCGACUGGUGGGGAGCGACCUGCGCUGUCCACAGAAGACUUGCACUCCUCCGGCAGGGGGAAAAACGCAGGAGAACGACUCGGGGAGCAGCGCGGAUGGCGGUAACGCCUCGACCGGAUUGUUUGCCUACGAUCCAGCUUUCAUGAAGGGCCACGGAAGCAGUGCGAAGGUGCCGACGUCGUACGAGUUGGACCGGCGUGAUCGGGCAGAGGGACGCCGGCGGUACCGCGGGACAGAGGCGUUUAUCGAAGCCGCCGCUCCUGCUGCACAACGACAAGGAGCACACACCCCGCUGGAACGCCUCGGCGCGUCUCUCGCCCUCUGUCUGCGGCUGCGUUUACUCGACCUCAGCGACUGCUCCUUGGCGGAUGAGGGUCUUCAUCAACUGACGCUGCACUUUACCGGCGGAGGGACGCUGGAGGAGCUGCGGCUGGCGGCCAACCCUCUCUUCACCUCUGUGAGGGGACUCGAUGCGCUCGUUGGGCUACUCGGUCGCACCCCGCAUCUAACCAGCCUGGAUCUCUCCUUCACCGGUCUGGGUGACUUGGGCGUCUCGAUGCUGUGCGACGGCACUUCCGGUGCGGAGGACGGUGUGCUGGCGUCUAUGGGGAACUUGAUGGCGCUGGAGCUGACAAGCUGUGCGGUACACGCGCUGGGUUGGGAGUCGCUGGCAGCCGCGCUGCCGCGUUGGCCGGCGCUGCGUCACGUAGCGCUCAACUACAACGCCGUGUCAGAGGUGGAACUACUUCGGAGUUUUCUGCGGCAGCUCGCAGCGGCGGCGCCAGCGCUGCAGUCGGUGAGUUUGAUGGGCUGCGUGGCGGACCCGCGUGUGGUGCAGCGGCUCAUAGAAGCGGAGGAGUACCGCGUGCUGCUCGAGCGAGGUGUACACGUGCAUCUGUGA